AUGGGAUCUAAACUCCAACAUAAUAACAAUAGUAGUACUAUGAAGUUCCUCUGUAGUUACGGCGGCAAGAUCCUGCCUCGCCGCACCGACGGUAACCUUCGAUACUGUGGCGGCCACACCAGAGUCCUGGCUCUCCAUCCUUCCGCUUCAUUCUCAGAUUUGAUGGUAAAGAUUAGCGAGUUGUAUGGUUCGCCGGCGACACUCCGAUGUGCAUUGCCAAACGGAGACUUGGAAACCUUGAUUUCCGUCAAAAACGACGAAGAUUUGGCUAUUAUAAUCGAGGAAUACGAUCGAGCCUCUUCGUCCUUACCUCACCGGCUCAAGAUCAGAGCCAUUCUUUCGCCGCUAAACAAAUCCUCUCCUUCUCCGUCUUCUUCGUCCAGUGCUGCUCAUACUCCGUCCGGUUCGCCUCACUCCCCCGCCGGUUUCUCGCCUUGUUAUCAGGCGCAUCGGUUCGGCUGCAGGAAUUACUUGCCGGCUGUGUAUUCUAUUGGCGUCCAUAACGGAGCGGCGAAAUCUUGUUCGCCUCCCUCCUCGCCCGGUUCCCGGCCUUGCUGGUUCUGUUGCCGAAAUAUUUCCUCGGCUACGUAUCUUAUUGGCAACAGUAAUGGAGCGAUGAAAUCCAGUUCCCCUCAGUCCUCCGGCGGUUCCUCGCCGUACUUCGCUGCCCACCGGUUUAGCUGCCAUAAUUGCUCGCUGGUUCCGUAUCCUAUUGGCGAUUGUAUUGCAGCUGCAAAAGGAUAUUAA